AUGGGUCCCUGUACGGCCUCCCAUUGCUGCUGUCUCCAUCGCCACACUCUGCCAUGUGCCACUUUCAGGUCUCCUCACACUCCUGCUGGUUUCCAUUUUGUCAUAGGUUGCUGUAUGGCCUCCCAUUGCUGCUGGCUCCACCGCCACACUGUGGCUCCACACUCUGGUUUUGGCCCCGUGACUGCCCAAAUGAGUGAAGUGUGCGGUGAUUCUAAGAUCGACGGCACUCAUCUGCAUGUCAUACUGACUGACAGUAUUAUUUCUCUUCCCCCAGCAGACUCCAAGGGCAUUUAAAUUAAAGGUACAGUGUUCUGCACUAAUAUUA